GUACCUAAUACCUAUCCAUCAGAUAUCAACGUAACAACGUUAACAUCGACCUCAAUUUAUAUUUCAUGGCAGCCAAUGCCAUUAUUCGAGCGUAAUGGCAUUAUUACAGUUUACAAUAUUAGUUACCAUUCCUUACAACGGAAUCACAACGGUAUAAUCCAAGUCGAUGGCUCAACAUUAUCUAACGUGCUAUCUAAUCUGCUGCCUUACACUACAUAUAAUGUGACAGUUAGAGCUUCUACAUCAGUCGGAUUCGGUCCUACUAGU